AUGAAUGAUAAAUUACAAAAGGAUGAUGCUAUUGAAAUAUUUUAAGAAAUAAAUGAUAUUCUAUAAUAAUCUGUAAAUGAUUAAAAUCCAGAUUUAAGGAAAAACGUAAUAUUUUGUCUUGUCGAAUUUAAGCAUUUAUUAGAAGAAAGAAUUGAUAUUUUUUUAAAAUAAUAUUCUGGAAACUAAUAAAACGCUAAAAACAUUCCAAUGCCCGAAAAAGAACAUACAGGAGGUGAAGACGCAUACUAUGCAAACUCGAAAUUAUUAGCUGUUGCAGAUGGAGUAGGAGGAUGGGCGAGAUAAGGUAUAGACUCGUCUUUAUAUUCGAAAGGUUUGUGUAAGCAUUUAUCUCAAUUGCAUAAUUAAAAUAAAAAUAAAUAUUAAAAUAAUCCCAAAUAACUAAUAAUUGAUACGUUUCCAUAUGUAUAAUAAAUAACUGGUAGUAGUACAUUAGUUGUAAUUACUAUAAAUGAAGAAUAGAAUAAAAUUUUUAGUUCAUAUAUAGGAGAUUCUGGUUAUUUUUUAUACCGUUUAGAUAAAAAUAAAAACGCUUAGCUAAUAUUUGAAUUCUAAGAGUAAUAAAAGGCUUUCAAUUUAACCUUAUUAAGUAAAAAUUAAAUAUAACUUGGAAUACAUGAAGGUGGAAAUUUGCCUGAGGAUAGUUUAGAAUUCGAACAUGAUUUUUAAGAAGAUGAUAUUUUAAUAAUAGGAUCAGAUGGAGUAUUCGAUAAUUUAAAUUCUGAAUAAAUAGGUAAAUUAGUCACAAAAUACUCUCAUUCAUUGAAAAGAUUGGCUAAUGUUAUUGCUGAAACAUCUUUCGAAUUAUCAUUAAAUGAAGAAUAUGAUUCCCCUUUUGCGUAAAAAGCUAGGGCAUAAGGAAUUUAAUUUAAUGGAGGUAAGAGUGAUGAUAUAACAAUUAUUGUGGCAUAAAUAAAGAAAAAAAAAAAAAUAGAUUUAUGA